AGGAUAGAAUCCCAACAAAAAUGAACCUACUGAGAAGAGGGGUCAUUAAAAACAUGGGAGAAUGCAGAUGCGGUAUAUGCAAUGAAGAUGAGGAAGACUCAACACACAUGUUUUUAAAAUGCAAGAUGGUUCGAUGGUUAUGGAAGGCUUGUGCAAAGUGGUGGGGUAUUAAUGUCACAUUACAAGAAGAAUGCUGGAACACUUUCCAGAAUUUUGAAAGAGAGUUGAAAGAGGCAAGUUUAAGAGACGGAUGGGAUUGUAUUUGGAAUGCCUUGGUGUGGACGGUGUGGCUGGCCAGAAAUCAAAAGAUAUUUCAAGGAAAAAAGAUUGAUGCGGGAAAGCUAUUUGAGCUCAUUCAGAUGAGAUCCUUCUUUUGGGUCAAAUCAAAAAAUGACAGGUAUGCUUUUAACCUUGUCAACUGGAUUAUGAAUCCUGUUGCAUGCUUGAGAGAAUGUUAUAGCAAAAGAAGGGCACCAAUCAAUUAAUUGCGGGCCAGGACAGAUUUAGAUAGUGUUUUUUUGUCAAACGUAUGAUGGGAUGUCAUAUGGGAAGGUUUUGUGGAUCUGAUCAGUGAAUGGUGAAGAAACUGCAAAUGUAGGCAGAAGCUCGUCACGGAUAUAGUGUCGACACGUUCUUUAGGGGUCGACACCUUUUGGUCAGCAGUCAAAACUCCGA